AUGGAAUUAACGAACCGAGUAUUUAAAGAGUGCUUAGACUCGUUUGUGAUCGUGUUCAUAGAAGACAUCCUGAUAUACUCGAAAACGGACCUAGAACACCAAGAGCACCUUCGCAAAGCCUUAACUAUUUUAAGGGAGAACAAGUUGUAUGCCAAAUUCUCCAAGUGCGAAUUUUGGCUACGACAAGUUUCGUUUCUAGGGCACGUAGUGUCUAAAGACGAAAUUUUUGUGGACCCCAAUAAGAUAGAAGCUGUCACGAAGUGGAAACGCCCAACAACGAUCACCGAGAUACGAAGUUUCUUGGAAUUGGCGGGUUACUAUCGAAGGUUUGUCAAGGACUUCGCUAGAAUAGCCACGCCUCUCACCCAAUUGACAAAAAAAGGUGUACCUUUCGUUUGGGAUGAUACAUGUGAGGCCAGCUUUCAAGAGCUAAAACAAAGACUAGUAUCCGCCCCAGUGCUCACAGUUCCAGAGAGUUCUAUGGGAUACGUGAUUUACAGUGAUGCAUCCAAAAAGGGGUUAGGUUGUGUGCUGAUGCAACAUGGCAAGGUUGUUGUGUAUGCGUCACGCCAACUAAAGGAUUAUGAGAAAAACUAUCCUACACAUGAUUUGGAGCUGGCAGCGGUGGUGUUCGCGUUAAAAAUUUGGUGA